GAUGCGUCCCUGCGUCACCGCGGGCCGUUUGUUGUCCUCGUCGCCGCAUCAACCAAGAGGAAGACCCUGGGGGGAAAAGUGACAUGGGGGGUGACGGGUGAGGGUCAAGUGCCUCAACGCCCAAAAGCAAGAUGCCCAUCUGUCCAGUGGAAUUUGGGGGUUCUGUGGCAAAACGGCCUGCUAGCCAGGAUUCCGAAUGCUUGGGGGUCCCGCCAUAUGCAAUCUGCAACCUGCAAUCCUCCUCUCCGCCGCCCGUCCUUGGAGGAACACCGGUCGGUAUUCAACCACAGCCAACCAAGCCGUUUCCCGACCAGACGCCCGUCACGUAAUUUGUCCGUUGUGGUCCUGUGCCGAGGAUCGCAGGAAGUUCAUCCCUCGUCUCCUAGGACGACCAUCGACGAGCCCAAUGCCAACGUCGACGGGAGUCAGCAGGGCUUCUCGCAAUUAUCAAAUGCCUUCCUACCUGGAUAUCUUUCGGUAUGGAGUAAUUAG